UCUUUAUUUGCACGCACCUUGCUGAUCACGUGACACGAGUUGUUCAGUUUCCCCAAACAUGGCGGCGGGUGUGCGGAAGUAAAAAGUGUGGGAAAGUCACGUCCAACUUUCCCGUGCGAUGCAAGGUUUUUAACCAGAGUUAAGUUGUGCAAUGUGAUGUGAAGAUGACAGACACUGAUAGCGUGAGUAGCGCACAGCUUUCCGGGCCGGGGGAAGGGGAGGGCAGGGACAGGACGGUGAUAACUUUUAGGCGGACUUCGACGCCCAAGAAGCCCGGGGCAUGGACGGUUGCAGAACCCGAGAGUCUGAACGCCAGUGUGGUGUCCAGCGGGUCUGUGAGCGGCUCCGAGUCGGGAGGAGUCCAGCUGGAGGCCGCGAUUGUCGGGAAAGAGACGUUAGAGUCGCAGCAGAGAGUUACGCUGUACAAGGUAGAAGUUCAACACGGAGACACCAGGAAAUGGAUUGUCCUCAGAAGAUACAAGGACUUUCUGCUACUCAACAAAAAGUUACAGAGAAUUUUCCCAGCCCUUCACUUAAACCUGCCACCAAAGAGAUUCUUCAGAGACAACUUUGAUCCAGCAUUCAUUCAGCAGAGGCAGAGAGGCCUGAAUGACUUCAUCAGGAACCUCCUGGGACAGAGGGAGAUGGCAAAAAGCCUCCCAGUCCGCAUGUUCUUCAGACUGGACAACCCCCCUGAGCCACAUGAGGAUCUCGAGGCCAGCCAGCUGUACUGCAGUUCACUUGAGGACACAGUGGUGUCCUUGAAGCAGCAUAACCGUGACCUUGAGGCCGAGGUGGAGGCCAUGCGGGCAGAACUGGCUCACGUCAGGGUGCAGGGGGACAGCACGGUCCAAGUGUCGUCAUGGCAACAGCAGCAGCAGAGGGGAGUGGAUGAGCAGAUCAGGGGUCUGCAGCAGCAGCUGUCCCAGGCCCAGGAGAGGGGGCAGCAGGUGUCAGAGGAGCUGCAGCAGCUGCGGCACGAGAUCGAGGCCGAGAGGGCUGCUGCAGCCGCAGCUCAGGAACUGGAGACACAACGUAGAGAUACCAAGCUGAAACAACAGGAUCACAACUAUAGCUGA